AUGGGUUCGAUUGCUCCUACGCUGCCUGAUCUGGACGCAUCGUCCACCAAGGUCACUCGCUCCACGACCCUCCGCGAUGUGCCAAAGCCUGGAUCCCCAGAGGAACGCUCUCACUCUUACUGUACGGACCACAUGGUCACAGUGAGAUGGACCGCUGCAGGAGGAUGGGAAACGCCGGAGGUGAAGCCCUUCGCAAACCUGAGCAUCCCGCCUACGGCGUCGUGCCUUCACUACGCCACGGAAUGCUUCGAGGGCAUGAAGGUGUAUCGGGGUUAUGAUGGAAAGCUGCGCCUGUUUCGCCCGGACUGCAAUGGCGAGAGACUGGUGUCCAGUUGCAAGAGAGCCUCUCUGCCGGGAUUUAACCCGCAACAGCUGAAGCAUGUCAUUGCAAAAAUGCUGCAGGUCGACGGAGGACGCUGGCUCCCCAAGACAGAGCCCGGACGUUUCCUCUAUCUCAGACCGACGGUUAUCGGUAGCGGACCGCAGCUUGGUGUCCAGGUUCCCCAAGAAGCUCUUCUGUUCGUCAUUGCGGUCCCAUGGCCGAGUCCUGCCACAAAGGGUCUCAAGCUUCUGGCGUCCGAACCAGACAGCAUUCGUGCCUGGCCGGGUGGUUUCGGAUAUGCAAAGCUGGGAGCGAACUAUGGUCCUUCUCUCCUUGCCCAUGGCAAGGCCCAGUCAAUCGGCUUCGACCAGGUGCUGUGGCUUUUCGGACCUGACCGCAACGUUACUGAAGCAGGCGCCAGCAACUUCUUCAUUGUCUGGAAGAAUAAGGAAACAGGAAAGAUUGAGCUUGUGACGCCCACGCUGGACAGCAAGCUCAUCCUCCCUGGAGUAACCCGUCGGAGUGUGCUGGAGCUGGCCAGAGCUAAAUUGACCAAUGCCAUCGACGGCCUGGAACCUUUGGAAGUCGUUGAGCGGGAGAUUACUAUCCAGGAUAUCGAGGAAGCUUCGAAGGAGGGACGGAUUAUUGAAUCUUUCGUCUCUGGUACUGCCUACUUCAUCACACCUGUCGCCUUGAUCAGGAACGGCGAUGUCGAUAUGGAGAUGAAAGGAGCCAGUUCCUCCAAGGCUGGAUAUGCAGACCUCAUCCGGACUUGGUUGGAGUCGAUCAUGUUCGGUAGAGAGGAACACGAGUGGGCCUUCGUUAUCGACGAAGAGAGCACGAAAUAA